AUGUCGAGCACAUUGACCCAGCCAAGUUGCAAGCUGUCCAGGCUGACCUGUGAAUGCACCCUUCAGUAUAGCUUCCCAGCUCCGGUAACCGCACACCGGGCGGCUGAGGAAAUGUCGGGCUGCAAGACGAGCAUUGUAUCGAUUCUAAACAAUGAUGAUCACCCGUCGUUUGCAGUCCGGUCCAAUCCGAGACCCUCUCGAAACAACACUUUGCCCUCGCUUUAUCCCCAUCAGCAGCAGUCAGAGCAGCCCCCCGCGCCCGUUCGCGAUCUGCAGUAUGUCCGCCCGCAUGCCUCGUCCGAAUCGCCCCCGGCAUCACCACCAGGCACCCAGCAUGCCGCCGACCCAGUAACGGAAGCCAUGCUGCCCACCUCGCCUGGCUCGUCAAAUGGCUCGGUCUAUGACUAUUUCACCAGUCAAGCUUCUUCUUCGGCUUACCACCCGUACGCCCGGCAGGACCUGCGACGGGACCCGUUUCGCUAUCCAUCUCGCGGGCCAGCAGCACCGCGAACACCACCUGAGAUCCACGCCAGCACGACACCAGAUGCGAAGCCCAUUCACUCACAGUCCGGAAACGGUCGGGGGACCGGGCGAAAGAACAAGUAUCCCUGCCCUUACGCGGCGAGCCAUGGUUGCUUGGCUUCUUUCACGACAUCGGGCCAUGCCGCUCGCCACGGGAAGAAGCACACUGGCGAGAAAAGCGUGCACUGCCCCAUCUGCAACAAGGCCUUCACCCGGAAGGACAACAUGAAGCAGCACAUUCGCACGCAUCGUACUCAGUCUGACGACAUGCGGUCGACCUCGGAGCCCGCGGCUGAGACGAGAUGGGCGAUGGGCCGGCCGGACUCGGGCUACGGGCCGCAGGCACAUAGCCGGACGGUGAGCCAGUCAACCGAUGUCGGUACAGUGAUGCCGCCCCCAGUGCUGGACCGCAUCUGCCCUCCUGAAAGAGGACGAGAUCCUCCCCCGUAUAAAUAG